GUCUCCCGACAGUACGCACUUGGCUGUUUUGACGUUUACUGACCGGAAGUUGGUUUCACGUGACGAGGCAUCCUGUUCGAAGACGCCAUUCAUGUUGAUGUUUGCCUUGUGCUCCAUUUAACUGCUUUCGUUGUUUGUUGCUGCUUCUUGUUAUUUCGUUGCUGCUGUUACGUUUUGUUAUUGUUUCUUGUUAUUGUUUAGUUUGUUUUAGCAAACAUGAGUGAUUCCCAAGAAACGCUCUAUAAGUGUGAGGAAUGCAGUUCAGAGUUUAAAAUGCGAAAGAACCUCUACGCCCAUAUGAGGAAAGUUCAUGAACUUGAUAUCCAUGUGUCUAAAAAAGGAAAAGGCAGUGAAUUGUGUCCCCAGUGCGGAAUUGCAUUUAUGAGAUGCAGUUCAUUAAAACGUCAUCAAAUAACUGUGCAUGGCAUGAAGUCGGAGGAAAACAGUCGGAAAUGCCGCAUUAUUUGCCCACAGUGCUCUCUCUCGUUUCUCACCUAUGACACACUGAGAACACAUAUUCAAGAGAACCAUGACGUUAGUUUUGAGUGCCAGGAGAUAGAAUUUGGUUGUCUUGCAGACUUUGAAGAGUGGAAAAUUUCUUACGAAAAAGUAAACCAUGUUCGUUAUGUAAUGAAUUGUUCGGAGCAGGAGCGACUAGAAAAACGUGUUCGAUAUUACCACUGCCAUCGCUCUUUCAAUUUCAAUUCUAAAGGAACAGGUGCCAGGUGUGUCAAAAGUAUGGGCACGAAUAAAAUAGGCAGUACUUGCCCAUCCAACAUGCAAGUGGCAAUAACAGAGGACAAAUGCUGCUUAAAAUUUUUUCCAAAACAUAUGGGACACACCCAAGAUGUUGGAAGAACAUUUCUGCAUGGGAACGAGAGGGCAGAGUUGGCAGGAUGGCUGUCACAGGGUGUACCUGUUGGACGAGUCUUACAAGAUGUCCGAAGUGCACCAAUCGCUGCAAGUGUGGAAAGAAUCCAUUUCCUUGAGAAAAAAGAUUUGCAUAAUAUAAAAAGGGAUUUUGAUAUUGGUUAUGCAACGAAGAAGCAUGAAAAUGAUGCAGUGAGUGUGAAAUUGUGGGUUGAAGAAAUGAAGAGACAAAGUGACAACCCAGUACUGUAUUUCAAGCAGCAAAAACAAGUGGAUCCUAAUUUUCAAGAUGAAGACUUCAUUCUUAUUAUAAUGACAGACUUUCAGGCUGAACAACUUCUAAAGUAUGGAGAAGAUAAAAUAUGUGUGGAUGGCACUCAUGGCAUGACUGCAUACGAUUUUCAACUUUUUACUAUUGUCGUUGUUGAUAGAUAUGGUGCUGGAAUGCCAGUUGCAUUUUGUUUUUCAAAUAGGGGAGACAUGUGCUUACUGUCUUUUUAUUUCAAAUGUGUGAGAGAAAGGGUGGGCACUGUAAAGACCAAUGUGUUUAUGUCUGACGAUGCACCAGCAUUUUAUAAUGCAUGGUCAGCAGUAAUGGGACCUGUGCCAAACCAGUUGCUGUGUUCUUGGCAUAUACAACGGAACUGGUCUCAGAAUUUAAGGAGAAUUUCUGGGGGUAGUGAGAAAAAAUCAGCAGUGUUUAGUUCACUAAAGCGACUUCAGACUGAACUGGAUAUAGAUGUUUUUAGUUGUAGUCUGUAGAAAGUGAUGGAAGACUUAUUGAAUGAUCCGGAUACUGCAGAAUUUGGCAGGUACUUUCUUAAGAUGUACUGCCAGCGAGUGGAAAAGUGGGCGUAUUGUUUUAGGCACCGAUUGGGCAUUAAUACAAACAAUUACUUGGAGUCCCUACAUAAAGUUAUUAAAUACAGUUAUCUAGAAGGGAAAAAGUGCAGAAGGCUGGAUAAGUCAUUAAAUGCUUUGUUAUGUUUAGUGAGAGACAAAGUAUAUGAGGGCUUAGUGAAGCUCUCAAAACGUAAGCAGUGCUCUAGGGCGUCAAGAGUGAAAGCAAGCCACAACAAUAGCUCAACUAUAACAAAUGGGAUGAUUUUAUGCAGGGGUGAAGGGUUGUGGGAAGUGCUUUCUUCCACUGGUUGUGAAGUGUAUGUUGUUGUAAAAAAUUCAGAACUGAUAUGCGAAAGAAAAUGUUCACUUAAGUGCAAUACCUGCAACAUAUGUGUACAUUCGUAUAAAUGCAGCUGUUUAGACAACAUUUUAAAUUUCAACAUAUGUAAGCAUAUACAUGCAUGUGCUAAAUCAUUGUCUGGUGCUGUCCAGGAGAGUGAACAGUGUUCCUUGCCCUCUAGUGCAGACAAUGAAUAUGUGUCAGCAUUGCUUUCUGGCAAUUCAGAAAAAUCUGCUGACACAUUUGCACAGGAUGUGAUGUCUCACUGUGAAACUAUAGUUGCACUCAGCAAAGGAACACAGUGUGGACAGGAGACUAAGGCCAAAGUAUUGAAGGAUCUGAAGAAGAUCAUUGGUAAUCUUAAUAAAGAUUUUUCUUUCUCAGAAGAAAACAAUGUAAAUGUGAAUGCCAAGAUUGAAUCUCAGGCUAGAUUUUUUUCCACAAAGCAGAGAAGGAUUUUGUGAGGGGUGAUUAAGUGUUUAAAAAAAAGUAAACUCCAGGUUGGAAUAUCAACAAUAUUAGGAAAAAAAUAGUUUGCCACUCACUGUAAAGGUGACAUGUUGAGUUGCAGACAGGCACAAUGUAAAGAAUGUUACACAUUUAGUUUUUGGCCAAAGCCUUCUCCAGAAAACAAAACACAAACAGAUUAACACUAGCAAGCACACAUGACCAAUAUCUCCCACUGCAGAUAGUGGAGAUGUGUGCAGGUAGUGUGCUUGUGUGUGUAAAUCUUUUUGUGUUUUCUUUUCUGAAGAAGUCUUUGGCCAAAAGCUAAAUGUGUAACAGUCUUUACAUUGUGCCUGUUUGCAACUCAACAUGUCACCUUUACAGCGAAUAGCAAACUAUCCUUUUCCUAAUAUUGUUAAUGCACAUAAAGGUGGUCUUGUACAUUAUGUCAAUUUGUGUGUGUGUGUGUGUGUGUGUGUGUGUGUGUGUGUGUGUGUGUGUGUGUGUGUGUGAGAGAGAGAGAGAGAGAGAGAGAGAGAGAGAGAGAUUCCAUGUAGUUGAAGGUGAAUAAAAAUUUAAAUUUACUUCUGCAUUUUUUGAGUUUUGUUAAUCAUGGUAUACUAAAAUAAUGCUGUCCCACCAUCUUGGCUCAUUCAAACUGUAUUCUAUA